AUGCAAGUAACUACAGCUACAUAUGGUCAACAUCUUACAAAUUAUAUGACUAUUUCGGUGACAGAAGCCAUGAAAAGGAACAGAAUUCGAGGACCUUGGGAUUUCGAGCAUGAACUUACCGGCGGUCGUCAGAAAUUGAUACUCGGAUUGGACGGCGGGACUACCGACACGGUGUGUAUAUGCAUGCCGAUUACUCCUUUCACUCCGAAUCAUAAUCCUCUUGAAGCUCCUCCGGUUUAUGCUCGUGCUGUUGCCGGUUGUUCUAAUCACAAUAGUGUUGGAGAAACUGCUGCAAGAGAGACACUAGAACAAGUUAUGGCAGAAGCUCUUUUAAAAUCAGGAUCUACUAGAUCUUCUGUUCGAGCUGUUUGCUUAGCUGUUUCUGGAGUAAAUCAUCCGACAGAUCAGCAAAGAAUUUUAGAUUGGCUUAGAGAUAUAUUCCCGAGUGAUGUUGAAUUUUUUGUUGAGAAUGAUGCUGUGGCAGCUUUGGCUAGUGGAACAAUGGGAAAACUUCAUGGGUGUGUUCUAAUUGCUGGAACUGGAACCAUUGCUUAUGGAUAUACUGAAGAUGGGAGAGAAGCUCGGGCCUCUGGUGCGGGACCCAUCUUAGGUGAUUGGGGAAGUGGAUAUGGUAUAGCUGCAAAGGCUUUGACAGCUGUAAUAAGGGCUUAUGAUGGGCGUGGCCCACAAACAAUGCUUACGUGUAGCAUGUUGCAUGAGCUCCAACUUUCUUCUCCAGAUGAACUCAUUGGGUGGACUUAUGCUGAUCCAUCGUGGGCCCGGAUUGCAACUCUAGUCCCGGUCGUUGUAUCGUGUGCGGAAGCAGGGGAUCAAGUUGCAAAUGACAUAUUGCUUCAUGCUGUUCAAGAAUUGGCUUCUAGUGUUAAAGCUGUUGUUCAUAGACUUGGGUUGUGUGGAAAAGAUGGAAAAGAUACUUUUCCACUUGUAAUGGUUGGUGGUAUUCUUGAAGCAAAUAGAAGGUGGGACAUAGGAAAAGAAGUAAUUACUUGCAUUGCGAAUGACUUCCCCGGGACCCACCCAAUUCGGCCAAAGGUGGAGCCCGCAGUUGGAGCAGCAUUGCUUGCGUGGAACUAUUUAAUAGAACAAGCACAGCUGGACCAAUCAGAUGGAGACUAUGAUUAAGUUUAAGCCAUAGAUAGUGGAAUUACAGCCAGAAAGUUGAUGUCUGAUGGUUAUAAAGUUGUAUAGUUUCAAGGGAAUAUAACAUAUAAAGUGUAGAGAAACAAAAAAAGAACGAUUUUUACUAUUGCUAUUAAGUGAUUGUUGUAAGAUUUUGUAUUUUGUCUUAUGUUUACCUAGUUUUAGUUACUGAAAAACUAUGUUCGAAAUAUGUGUUACAUCUCUAAUACCCUUUUACGUAUGGGUCAACAAGUCAAUCAAGUAAGUCAAAAUUGUUAGUCAAACUGUCGAGAAAUAGGAGGGAAAUUUUGUUUUAUAGUAUCACUUGCUGCUCUAUUGUAAUGGGAUUCAUGAUGAGG